AUGCAGUUUUUUCAUCAUCAAUUUAAUAAUGGUUCAAUUAUAUCCAAUAAUGGUGUCAAUAAUAAUAAAAUGCAUUCGUCUCGUCAAUUAUCUAUCAUAGAUGAUGGUCCAUUACGUAUUCAUAUUGGAAAUAUUCCAUUUAGUUGGUCUGAUAAACAUUUACGAGAACAAUUUGAUAUUUUUGGUCCAGUUGAUGAUGUUGAAGUAGUUUCAAAUGCACAAGGAUCAAAAGGCUUUGGAUUUCUUACAUUUCUUCGGCGACGUGAUGGUGAACGUGCUAUGCAAGUUAAAAAUGGUACAAUUGCUGACGGACGAAAAAUAACAGUCUCUUUAGCCGUCGCUAAAAAUCAUCCAACUUCAUCAUUAUUAACAACACCACCACAAACACCUGCUCGAACAGCCUUUCGAUCUCUUUCGACAAAUCGUCCUAUGCCAUUAUUAGCAACUUCAUCAUCUUUGUCACCUGAUGCACCAAUGUGGAUACCAUUAACACCACCUUCAUCAACUACUUGGCGUUUAUCUCCUGAACCACGAUUAAAUGAAUGGAUGAAUACGUCUCCAACUUCAUCAUCUAGUCCAUUGUCAAUGCUUUUUCCACCAUUAAUUUCAUCACCAUGUGUUGAAUGGUCAAUUGAAAAUGAAAAUAUCAAUAAUAAUUGGCAAUCAAUAACUACUGAACCAGUGAUCAAUGAUAAGAAUAGUUGCAAAUAUUGUCCACAUUGUGGUCGUUCAAUUUAUUAGUAAGUUUAAUAUUUUUCAAAAUUUGAAUUAAUAUAUUUUCUUUAGAAUUCCAAAAAAAAAAUGAUUCUUUUUCUUCAGAUAUAUUAUUGUCAGUAUUUAGUGUAAUAGUAAGAGCUUGUUUGUUUGUUUUUUUUCUCUCACAUUUCUGAAUAAUAUUGUAUCUAUACAUCAUUUGCUUUGGUUUGCUUUGUUUUGUGUGUGUAUAUGUUUGUUUUCUUCGAGUGCUAAACUUCUAUUGUUGUUUUUUUCUUGCUCUAUGGUUUGAACAUGUACAGCGAUCUUUACUUUUUCCCGUAUUUUUUUUUUGUUAGUUUUUUUGGUGUGUGUUGUUUUUUUGAGAGCAGGUUCUCUCUGUAUUUUUUUUUUCCUCUUAGACUCUUGUUGCUUUGUCAGAGCGAUUACAACUUAUGUAUUAUUUAUUCAUUAAUCAUUGCUUCUUUCAAAAAACAAAGAAUAAAAAUUAGAAAGGAUAAUAAUAAUUAAGACUUGUCAGAAUAUUUACUAGAGAGAGAGAGAUUUUCUAAUUGAA